AUGUUGAUGGGCAAAGUUCUCUGUCGUGUGACUCCACGUCAAUUGAUGACAUCACGUUUGAUCGCCAGCACGAUGGUUUCUGGAGCUCAUCGUGUAACGGGAUGUGCGAUGGCCUGUGUGCUACUUUUUGGAGGUGUUGGAUUUGCUUUGCUGCCUUUCAACUUCACACAAUUUGUGGAUUACAUUCGUAGUUGGCACAUUCCACCGGUGAUCACCUCUGCUUUCAAGUUCGUCAUUGCUUUCCCUAUCAUCUUCCAUACACUGAAUGGAAUUCGAUUCAUCGGGUUCGAUUUAGCGAAGGGAGUAGACAACACGGCGGCGAAUAUGAGUGACUCAGCCAAUGAUGCUCCCGAUUUCGAGAACCCUAGGCUUCAGAUUGAGGGAUUCGUGGUUGACUACAUCGCUUGGCGAAUUAAGCAAGACAAAAUGGAGUGGUUUGAGCAACCGGAGCUGCCAUUCGGUACACAGCCCGAGCACGAGAUGAUGAGGCAAGUUGCUCAUAUUUUCGAACGGCGGCAUCGCACCGAAUUGAAUGAAUUUGCAGAUGACUUGCUUGAAAAUGAAGACCUGACGUUCAGCCGUUAUUGCGAUAUUGUUGACGAAUUCGGUCGAACUGCAGACGAAAUGGAAAACGGAAUGUCGUACGGACGGCUAGUUGGAUUGAUAUCCUUUGGUGGAUUAGUAGCCGCAAGAAUGUAUGCACGAAACUUUCGACGAGAAGUACGGCAGUUGGCGACUUAUACAGCGAAGUUCAUCGAUAAGCGGAUACGAUUGACAUGGGUUGAAGAUGAGAGGAGUUGGAAGAACUUCAUGACGAUCGGAGCUGAUAUAGUCCGCCGCGAUGCUAUACAACGUGAAGCAGCUGAGCGACAGCGAGUGACCCGUCGAUGGAGUCUGAUUGGUAUUGGCGCUGCCGCUUUAGUCGGAGUGGGCGCAAUUAUUGGUACCCGUGUGUUGUUAGGAGCGAAGUAG